UGUCUGUUUGGCCCAGUUUGGAGAUUCCCAACAGCUGCGGAUGGUUCGAAUUCUGCGGAGCACACUGAUGGUUCGGGUUGGAGGAGGUUGGACAGCUCUCGAUGAGUUCCUGGUUAAGAAUGACCCUUGUAGAGUCAAGGGUCGAACCAACCUGAAGAUCAAAGAGAAGUACUUGUCACCAACAGGAAGCACCACUAAGGGUUUGACUGUGAGCAGGUCAAACUCCAGCCUCAGCCUCUACAGUAGUGCCUCUGCCCCCACAAGCCCAAUGACACGCAAGGCAUUACUCCGCCGGAGUUUCUCAGGUGACCGGUGCAUCCGUCCUAGGAGCUCUAUAGCUGCUCUAGGGGCUGAGCUACAGUUUAUCACUGCAAGGGAAGACAACUCACCCUCAGAUGAAGCAGAGAGGUUGCCCACAUGACAACCUCUGUUUCUGCUGCAGCACUCCGCCAAAACAGACCCUUGGAGCAGCGAAACACUCCAACCAAGAGAUGACAUGAGAAGACAUGCUGUCUUACAGACUGACCAGCUGAUAAAAGGAUGAUUUCAAAAAGUGAUGAUGAAUAGUUUGUGACUAAGAAAUUUGCAUGAAGACAAUGCAGAUAAUGAGGAGUCUAUUCAGGGGCCACGCUAAAGCCUUGGCAUUUUAUAUAUUAACCCAAUUAUGUAGAAAGUUCUGCAUGGACAUUAACUGCAUGGUAGCCAGAGCCUUAGUCUAUUCAGUGCUGCUUUUGCUCAGCUUCAGUCUUUCGUGCUUGUGGAAAAAAGCAGACAGUAGCGGAUUGUGAUUUGCCAAACUGACAAAAUUAGUAAAAAAAAAAACAGCAUUGGAAGGUUUUUUGCUGUCUGAUUCUCCUGAGUGUACAAAUAAUUAUAUUUAAAAAGAAACUCAAACAUACCAAAACCAUAACUACAGUGCUGUAAAAAUUAAUUGGCCCUUACAGACUUAUUUUUGAUAUUUUUUUCACACAAUAUUUCAGAACAUAAAACUCAUCACAGAUCAUACAAUUUAUCAGAUUUAUUGUAUCAGAUAUAUGGUAAAUAAUCUGAGUAAAUACAAAACACAGUUUACAAUUUGUGAUUUAUUUUAUUGAGAGAAAAAGCUAUCCAACUCAACUUGUUCCAGUUUGAGAAAGCAUUUAUACUGUACACUAAACCUGGUUGUGCCACCCUUGAAAGCAACAACUAUUAUCAAAAGUAUGCUGGAACCGACAAUGAGUCUUUUACAUUGAUUUGGAGGAAUUUUGGCCCAUACCUUUGGAUAAUAGUUCCCACUGUGGUUUUCCGAAGUCCCAAAGCCUUAGAAAUGACUCCUUUCAGACUGACAGUUAUCAAUAACUUUCUUCCUCAUUUGUUCUCAAAUUCCUUGUCAAUGCGGCAUGAAGGGUUCUAUUUUAAGCCUCCUUUCAUGCUGUCAGACAGGUUUUAUUUAAGUGAGUUACUGAUUCCACAGGUCUGAUAGUAAUCAGCUGUGAGUGUGGCUAGUGAAAUUAAAUCUAAUCAGUUCAUUUAUGAUUCUUUUAACUUUUUACAGUGUUUUGUAUUUACUAAGGUUGCCUUUGUCUGAUAUUAGAAUUUCUUUGAUGAUCUGAAACAUUAAAGAGUGAGAAAUAAGAACCCCCCCCCCCCCAAAAAAAAAAUCUGUAUGGGUUAAAUACUUGUUCACAGCACUUAAUGUGAUGGCCACAUCAGGCUGUCCUCAAGUUUUUGUAAUAAUUUUCAUGCUAUAAAGGCAAUGUUGUUGGCAGGACCACGUUGUGAUUUAGUCUUCUGCCUUUUUAAAUGUUUUCCAGUGGUUAUACAUUUGUGUAUUAUACACUGGAGAUUUUGUGAUGAGCAGUGCACUGAAAUAUAGCAGGCCAUUGUUGAUUUGUAGAGAUUAUUUGCUCAGGAAUGGUUCUGCCUGUGGACAAAAUGGUUUCUUUAUAACAUUACUGUGAGCAUAUAAAUCUGUUGGUUUCUUUAUAACACAAAAAGUUCUAGAAAAUGUUUCUGGUUUAGCACAUUGUUCUUAUGAAUAUGCACUUUUCUGUGUCUGCUGUAUGUAUGUUGUUUUCCUCAGAAUCGAAUUUGGCAUUUGUCAUUAAAAUGAAGAAGACAUUUUACAGUUAUGUUUGAUGGGAGGUGGGUGACCGGGUUUGUAAACCAUUUUACUUGUCUUACCUAAAGUCCAUUUAGAAAUAUUCCCACAACUUCACUGCUGUAAAAUGUGUCCAGGAAACAUGUAACAAGCUCCCUCCAAGAUCACUAAUGAUCCUGGAAGAAGACAAGCGUUCAGUGUUUGGGUAGAAAUGGUGAAUUAGAAUUUUCUACACAGUGUCCAGUGAUGUGCCUGUUUGUAAUUUUCAUUAUAGAUCAAUUAUUACUGCAUCAUGUUAUCAACCAUGGAAGUCCUGUAUUUGUAUGGGUUGCUUUGUACUUAAUCUACCUGAGGUUUUGUGACAGUUGCUCAAUUUACUUAGUCUAUGCAGUUGUCAAACAAAUCUUUUUAAGGUUAAAACGUUUUUACAUGAUGAUCAUGUUUAGAGUUCAGAAUACAUUUAUACAAAUACAAAAAGCCAGUUUUCUGUCCUACUGCUAUGCACGCUAAUUUUUCUGUACUGUAACUGUUUCCAUAUCCAGCACCCAGUCCGAUUACAAACUGAGGGACUACAUAGAUGAUACUCACUAAUCAUUUUACACCCACUUGUACAGACACAAGUUUUUUGUAAUAAAAUCAAAAGUUUUUGUGACAGCGUUUGAUAUGACUGAGUUUUUUUGUAAUAAAAUCAAAAGUUUUUGUGA